CGCCCCCCUCUACGCCCUCUCGCUGUCCCCCCCCUCCACACCCAACCUGUCCCGUCAUGAGUCGUUCAGACCACAUUCUCGCCCAUCACCCUCACCGUACCUCGGCAACUGCCGGCCCCAACAACUCAGACCUAGAUGACGCGCCGAGACGGCUCGACCGUGACAGCUCUCUCUCUGGCUCAGACGACAGCUCCUCCGUCCCUCACUCUCCACAAACCCAAAAAUUAAGCGCAGACUCUCCAGAGGAUGUCCAGUUAACCGCACAGACCCUCAAUGCGGACGGCACCCCCAAACGGCCCAUGAAUGCGUUCAUGAUAUUUGCACGCAGGAGGAGGCCCCAGGUCUCCGCCGCAAAUCAAAUGAUGCGCACUGGAGAAAUUAGCAAAAUUCUGAGCAGAGAGUGGACUUCAAUGGACCUCUCCGACAAGCAGUACUAUCUUGACCAGGCGAAGCACCUCAAGGACAACUUCAAUUCGAAGUACCCCGACUAUGUCUACAGGAGACGGCCGAACAAUUCCCGUAAGAAGCGCAAGUUGGAUGCCACGCUGAACACGCUGCUCGACUCUGGCUCGUCAGCUGAUCACCUCGACGAUGUCGGCGCGACGCACGGCUUCGACUAUGCAUCAUCCGUCGAAGACGACGGAGCUGUCCACGCGUCUACGCGUGAGAUCAUAGUGCAUUCCCGCAGCAGCAGCCACCAAUCCGCUGGCACAUCGUUGGU